UAUAUUGUCAGAAAAUCGUUUCAUAUCAGUUGAUAUCAAUAAUUAAUAUUUUAUUUGUUUUAAAGAUCUGAAAUAUAGUCGAACUGGCGAUGUGAACUUUCCUCGUUUACACAGUUUCCCUCCACGCUGAGGGAAACUGUGUCCAUGGAUGGAUUCCAGGCUAGGCAACUGUUGUUGCUAGGCAACCAAGGAGCAAGUGUGUUAGUUGAUGUCACCAACCCAGCCUACAUCUCCCAGAAUGCUUUUGGUUCUGGAUCAGAGUUCAGUGAAUAUUGCAUAGAUUUAAUAUUCAGUCAGAAUAUUCAAUAUAUAGAGUUGAAUAUUCUAUAUAUUGUGAGACAUAUUGAUCACAUGACUAUCACAAUUUAUAUUUUUAUUGAUUUACUGUCCAGCAAUCAGUUUUAAUGAAAUAAUUUAAUCAGUGAACAGUUUUUUGGGGAUUGUUUUACAAAGCUGUAGGAAAGUUUAGUGGAGCAGCGGUUUUCUUUUCCUCUGUAGAAAGGGAGAGUUGCAGAUUAGGCUGCGUGCACACGUGUGUGUGUGUGUGUGUGUGUGUGUGUGUGUCAGGCAGCGGCGGCUCAGCGGGCGGCAGGAUGUCGGCUGCAGCUGACUCGCCUCAGAACAGCAGCAGGAGAAGCAGAACCAGACGGAGGAGAUCUGGAGCAGCAGCAGAACCCGAGCCGGACGGAGCCACUUCCACUGUAGCAGUGAAGGGUUUUAAUCAUGAGUGUGGAUGAAGAUUCCCGCUGGCUGGAGUGGGUAACCAAACAGUUUGAGACCAUCGCUGGAGACGACAAAGAAAUCGACAUCGAUGAGUUUAAAACUGCACUCAAAGUCAAAGAGUCUUUCUUUGCCGAGCGUUUCUUUGCUCUGUUCGACUCGGAUGGCAGCGGAUCCAUCAGUCUGGACGAGCUGCUCAAAGCUCUGAACCUCCUCAUCCACGGCGACGAGACUGACAAGCUGCGCUUCCUGUUCCAGGUCUACGACGUCGACGGCAGCGGUUCCAUCGACCCAGACGAGCUGAGAACGGUUCUGAAGUCAUGUCUGCAGGAGAGCGCCAUCUCUCUGCCAGAAGAGAAACUGGACGACCUGACACUGGUUCUGUUCGAGUCCGCCGACAAAGACAGCAGUGGCUCCAUCACCUUCGAAGAACUGAAAGCUGAGCUGGAGAACUUUCCGGAGGUGAUGGAGAAUCUGACCAUCAGCGCCGCUAACUGGCUGAAACCGCCGGAUCAGGAGCAGAAGAAGCCUCAGACGCCCCGGUACCUGACCCGGGCCUACUGGCAGAACAACAGCCGGAAGCUUCUGUUCCUGUGCGGCUACGUUCUGCUCAACCUGAUGCUCUUCGUCGCCGCCAUGUUGUACCACCGCAAAGGUGGCGGCUGGUUCAUGCUGGCCAAGGGCUGUGGCCAGUGUCUGAACUUCAACUGCACCUUUGUGAUGGUGUUGAUGCUGCGCCGCUGUCUGACGUGGCUCCGGGCCACCUGGGUCGUCAGAAUCCUUCCUCUGGACCAGAACAUCCUGCUGCAUCAGAUCGUCGGCUACGCCAUCCUCUUCUUCACACUAGUGCACACAGCGGCACACAUCAUCAACUUUGCCCGGAAGUCGCAAAGCGGGGGGUUCAGUCUGUGGGAGUACCUGUUGACCACCAGGCCGGGGAUCGGCUGGGUGAAAGGGACGGCGUCGCUGACCGGGGUCAUCCUACAGCUGCUGAUCUGCCUCAUGGUGUUCUGCUCCAGCACCUUCGUCCGUCGCAGCGGACACUUCGAGGUGUUCUAUUGGACUCACCUGUCCUACAUAUGGGUCUGGAUCCUCCUCAUUAUUCAUUGUGCAAACUUCUGGAAGUGGUUUGUGGUUCCAGGCUUCGUCUUCCUGCUGGAGAAGAUCGUGGGAAUCGCCGUGUCUCGUAUCGGAGGCCUUUACAUCGUAGAAGUCAACCUGCUGCCGUCCAAGGUGACUCACCUGGUGAUCAGGCGUCCCCAGUUCUUCCAGUUUAAACCUGGAGACUACAUCUACAUCAACAUCCCUGUGAUCGCCAAGUACGAGUGGCACCCGUUCACCAUCAGCAGCGCCCCCGAGCAGCCAGACACCAUGUGGCUACAUGUGCGCUCCAUGGGCCAGUGGACCAACCGGCUGUACGAAUACUUCAGGCAGCCGGAGAGCCAGUCGGUUUGUCCCAAGUGGCUGGCCACCAGCCUGAGAAAGCAGCGCCAGGAGAAGCGGCAGCAGAAGAACCAGAUGUUCCUCUCCUCAGAGUCACAGAAAGCCGUGGCUUCGAACCAGGAUGACACCAUCAAGCUGACGAUGUUCCGGCAGAAUGGGUCGCAGUCUGGAUCAGCUUCGGACCCAGAGACUCAGGUGGAGUUUCCUCCAGAGAAGUCUGGGCUCACAGAGAGAGGAGAAGUCCCACCACUCAGAGAGGUUUCUGCCAAGUCUGGUGAGAAUCACAGAUUCUGCAACAUAAAGUGUUACGUAGACGGACCGUACGGAACUCCGACCCGGCAGAUCUUCGCCUCGGAACACGCCGUGCUAAUCGGAGCAGGAAUAGGAAUCACACCUUUCGCCUCCAUCCUGCAAAGCAUCAUGUACCGGUAUCGCAUGAGAAAGCACACCUAUCCCAACUGUAGCUCCACAGGGUGUGAAAACGUUAAAGAUAGCGACAUGAGGCUGCGUAAAGUCGACUUCAUCUGGAUCAAUAGAGACCAGAAGUCCUUUGAAUGGUUUGUUAGUUUGCUGACCAAGCUGGAGAUGGAGCAAGCCGACGGGGAGCCAGAGGGUCAGUUCCUGGAGAUGCACAUGUACAUGACCUCAGCGCUCAGCAAGAACGACAUGAAGGCCAUCGGCCUGCAGAUGGCGCUCGACCUUCUGGCCAAGAAAGAGGAGAAAGACUCCAUCACAGGCCUGAGGACCAGAACUCAGCCAGGCCGACCCAAAUGGGAGAAGGUUUUCCAAAAACUGUCCGAGGAAAACAAAGGAAAAGUUCAUGUGUUUUACUGCGGCGCUCCAGCUCUGGCUAAAGUCAUCAAAGCUCAGUGCGAACACUUCGGCUUCAACUUCUAUAAGGAAAAUUUCUGAGGAUGUCUCUGUUGAUUUGGUUUUAUAUUUCUAUGAGGACAAAACCUGACAGAACACCAGCUAAAGGAAGCAAACUGCAGUCCCACUAAAAAUUUAAGACUUAUUUAGACUCAGAGUUACGUUUUAGUUAGAUUUAAUGUAGGGAUUCGGUUAUGAUGCUUACUGUAAAUGGAAUGUCUCUAUUUGUAUCUCAAAAUAUAAGUCAUAAUUGUUGGAAUUAAAAUGUAUUUCUUUUCUAUUUAAAAAAAACAUGAACCAUAAAUCUCAGAGUCAGUCAUUUGUUACAGCUAGUCUUUGUUAAAUUCAAUAAAUGGAUAAAUUACACACAUUGAUUCAGUCUACUUUAAGCAUUUCUUUUUCUGGUAUAAUGCCUUGUCUAAUUCCUUGCAAAGCUGUCAUUCUAGUAAGCUGCCUACAACACACUAUCUUCCACACUUUUUCUUUCCACUCAACUUUCUACCUCUAUGUUUGAAAUAGCACAGUAAAGAACAGCUUUUUGAGCAAUGAUUUUGAGCAAUGAUCUGUGGUGACUCACCCUCAUUUUGAAAGUCCAUAGCAUAUUUUUUGUAAUCCACAAAUAGUUUGAGUGUAUAUCUUAUGAAUUGUAUUACUAAAAUAAAGUAACUUUUAACGCUAAUCUAAUUAUUGGAAUUGACUUGGAUCUAUCCAUAUGUAUGUUAGUUAAAAUAAACUUUUUUUGU